AUGGAAGGCUACACCAAAAAUUCGGAGAUUCCUGAGGGUAUCUUCUACAUCAAUUUGGAUCAAUUGUUCGAGAAAAGAGUAUCGCAAAGAGAGAGCGCGCUGUCUUUCAAUAUCCGGGCCUUUACUGAGAACCGGCAAAAUCAUGGGUUUAUAGAGCAGAAUUUGAUUACUUUACUGUAUCGAUGCCUGGAUUCCAUGACGAAGGGGUCUGCCAAAGAGAUUUCCUUAGCAGCUCACACCAUUGGACUGGUGGCUGUGGCGGUUGCCCACAGGGCACGUGAAGUAUACGUGGAGUCGCUCCCUGUGCUGUCCGCCGCUCUUAAAUCUGGUUCCGUAUCUUCAAAGAUAUUAGAAUGUUUGGUUCUUGUAACCUUUUUCGGGGCAGAGAAUUGCGAAGAUACUCAAAGUGCAAUGCAGAUGAUAUGGGAGUUCAUUCAUAAGAAAUCAGCCUCAACUUUCCCAUGGGUCCAAAUCUCACUCUCUCAGUUGCUAGCUACUGCAAUAUCGGCAUGGACAUUUCUUCUUGCAUCCAUGGAUGGAUGGAAACUUAGUUAUAAACAUUGGCAAGGGGCAACUUCUUAUUUGUCUAAUCUACUGAAGGAGGAGGAUGAAGCUGUUCGUCUUGCAGCGGGUGAAGCACUGGCUCUAAUACUUGAGACAGGAUUUCUUGAGAAGUUCUCCGGCCACUGCUCUAGCAUAAAGAGCGAUGAAAUCAUAAACAAUGUGAACAAGUUUAUCCUCAAAUUUAGAGCAGAAUAUCAUGAGAGCCAAGAUUCUAGCAAACAACUCGAUUUCAUUUGUGAUGUUCUAAAGUUUUUUGAGGAUGAUUAUUAUCCCCAAGUUUCUGUGAACAUUGGUGGGCAUAUACUGACAUUAUCAACAUAUUCUCAGUUAAUACAGCUCAACUUUCUGAAGCAGUUUCUGGGGUGCGGAUUUGAAAGGCAUAUGAUGGUUCGUUUUUUUUGUUGGGAUUGA